AAAUUCACACCGAUAAUAGAGGAGAUAACCUUUUCAGCGACGCGAUAGCAACAGCUUUAUCUUUGUUAUCACUUCGUUAUUAUCUCAGCCGCAAUUAAAAUAGUCUUUCUCAGUCAAUUGGCCAAUGUUUAAGUACUAAUAAAAUUUCACCGCAUUUUGUGUUGUAACGUGUUGCAGACCACAUGAUGAGUGCCAGUGGCAAUAACAAAAACGUUAUAGUUUUCGGUGAAACCGGCAGCGGUAAAAGUUCACUUGUGAAUCUGUUGCUUAGACAGGACGAAGCUAAAGUGUCUGAUAAAGCGGUCGGCUGUACAUUCAAUUUCAAGAAAUAUGAAACUCCGCAUUUCAAUUUAUACGACACCGUUGGUCUGUCGGAAGGACGUGAAGGCACACUGAAACAAUCACAAGCAAUCAAACAACUGGUAAGAUUGCUGAAGAGUUUAGAGGAAGGGGUGUCACUGUUGGUGUUCGUUAUUGAAAAAGGAAGAAUCAAGAAGAGUAUGGAAAACAAUUACAGGCUGUUCAUAGAGGGAAUUUGCAUGAAAAAGGUCCCGGUUGUUCUCGGUAUUACGCACUGCGAAAUGGAAAACGAACGAGGACAAUGGUGGAACGAGAACAAGGAGCAUUUCGAUAAAUAUGGAAUGACUUUCGAUGACGUAGUGUCCGGAACCGCAUUACGACCGACAUCUGCACCUCGAAUUAUGCAACCGGUUAUUCAAGCUAUGAAUAGAACAACAGCUCAUGAACUUUCCCAAGCCAUAAAUUUGCAUUUACUCGCCAAGGCUUGGAAGUUCGAGGGCGGAUGGAUGGAUUGGUUUUCUGCUAUAUUACAGGGACUGGCUGCAAUUUUCUUAAAGUUAUGGGGAUACAAAACUGCCAACUUUGCCGAAUCCACAAUGGAGCAGAGAUUAUUCCAAUAUUUUCAGUCGCAUGGUCUUACAGUCGCUGAAUCUAUUGCAAUGGCCAAAGAAAUUGUGCAUGAAAUAGCAUGAGAACUUUUUAAUGUUAUCUUCUUACAUUAAUAGUUAUUUAUGACAUCGAGUGCGAAGUACUUUACUGGGCUCUAGAUGUGUAAUUGUGAUACGAGACCGCAGGUUGAGUAUCACAAUACACGUCGUGAGCCCAGUAAAGUACUUUUCUUUAUAUAAUUCGUUUAUUCAAUCAAAUUAGAAAAUAUACACAAAAUUAUAUUCUAGAUAAAGAUAAAUUUACAGCCUCCCAGUAAAGUACUUUGCA